GCAGGCUUGGAGGAUUGUGAUUGGGGAUGGAGAAAAAGAACAAGUCAUUAAAGAAGGACACGAGGUCAUAAAAAGGGGAGAAAAGUUAACUGGCAAAGCCGGUCUGUUGGAUAAUCAUGUGAUUAAAAUUGUAGCAAUAAAGGAGUGUACAGCAAGGGCACACAAGAAUUCACAGCCUUUUGAAGAUACCUAUCUGCCUAUCUGUUUCUAGAAAGCCACCUGCACAGCACACUGCAGAAUACAACUGCAUACCUCACCUUUGAGCACCUCAGGGCAAAUGAUGUAGGCAACUACACCUGUUCCCUCUACUUGAAUAAUCAAAGAAAUAUCUCCUUUAUUAUUCAGCUGGACCAUGGCGGAUCUUUGCAGUAUGCUUCCCCACUUCCUUUAUCCCUCUAGCAACCUGAUUAUGGAGCAAGCUUUGGAAAGUCAAAUAACACUGAACUGCACCGUGCAGCUGCCCUUCAGUAAUGACUGUGAUCUUGACCUGCGCUGGAUGAAGGAUAAUCAGUUCUUAGACAAUAAAACUCACGUUUCUUCUACUCAGUGGUUCAGUGACAAUGAAACCAAAAUAUUUAUCUCCAGUUCUUUAGCACUAAACAUGACUGAUGAAAAUUAUGGAGUUUUUGCCUGCUUCAUUAGAAAUAGUACAGCUCUUUUUACACUGAAAAAAUCAGAAGAGACUGUUGGGCACUUGGGUGCAGUGCUAGCCACAUUUUUUGCUGCAGCACUCCUGCUAUUUGUAGCUAUAAUGUAUGUGAAGUGCCGACUGAAUGCCCUGCUCUGGUACCGGAACCAUUAUGGAGAAGUAGAAAUCAAUGAUGGAAAAAUUUAUGAUGCCUAUGUAUCUUACGCUGAUUCAGUGGAUGAUAGAAAAUUUGUGAAUUUCAUAGUGAAGCCACAGCUAGAGAAUCGCUAUGGUUACAAGCUCUUUUUAGAUGAGAAGGACAUUCUGCCCAACUCAGAGCCUUCUGCAGAUCUGAUUAUGAAUGUCAGCCGAUGUCGACGCCUUAUUGUGGUUCUUUCUUAUGCAUAUUUAGAACAAGAAUGGUGCAACAAUAAUUUCAGGGAAGGUCUUUGGAGACUGCUUGAACUCUCCCGAAAGCCAAUCUUCAUUGUCUUUGAGAGCCAAUAUCGAGACAUAGCACAUCCAGCCAUUAAUCUGCUAAAGCAGCACAAGAGCAACGUGACCUUGUUGAUGUGGCAUGCUGGUUCCAUGGCAAUUGCAUCGGAUUUCUGGAAGGAGUUGUGCCUCUCCUUGCCACGGAAAGUAUCUUAUCAAGGCCUCAGGGGGGAUCCUCAAACCUAUCUCCAGGAAGACAAGGAUCCGAUGCUGAUUCUCCAUAGCAACUAUCCAGAAUUCCAGGGGGACUCUCACCCUGAAGGAGACAUUGUAAUCCGGAGACCAAUUAUCAAAGGUCUACCACCACCUGUUAAGAUUGAUCCUGAUGGUCCAUGUCUCGGAGCAAUGGAAGAGGUACGGCUUGAGGAAAACCAGAAGAAUGAGAUCGACAUUUCUGACCUGGGAUCUCGCAACUAUGAUGCAAGGACAGACUUUUACUGCCUAGUGACAGAAGAUGAUAUAUAAGGCUUGCUAAGAUAUUCCUGUGGAAAUGAUAAUUUUUUUAUAAGCAUGGUAUUUCCUUGAUUAAUCUCUUUAAUCCAGAACUGUCCAUGAAAUACUACAGAACUCUGACCUGCUCUUAAUACUAUUCAACAUGUCUUUCCCUAACUUAGAUAAAGGAUAGCAGUGAAAGAAAUGUUCAGAUGACACAAAACUAUGAGUAGCCAAGACUUCAGGAGAUAGAAAUAAAACAGCAGAGGCUUGGCAUCCUUCUUUUGGGCACUGGAUUAAACAGGGCAAUUGUAUAAAAUGGCCUCUGAACCUUCUACAUGAUUCUAUAAGCAAUCGCCAUUGGAGGGGAUGCAAGAUUUUGGAGAACAUCUGGUUAUCUUAUACACAAUAGUGCCAUACAGUUUCAGAUGAUUAUCUUGCAUCAGAUUACAAUGCUGGGAUUUAUCUAAGCGACAGGCUUGGCAAGCUUUUCAGUUCCUGCUAACAUCUCCAGGCAGGUGUUGAUAGGUGAGAAGUGAACGUUAAUAGGUAAAUGUUAUUACUGUAAUUGGAAUUAUAAAGGGAAAUAUAAACACUAAGGAGAUCUGAGACUCCUUCUUGCUAGAAAAAUGAAAAGAAUGGCAGGUUUCUAUAUGAAAAAGAGCUUUGAUUUUCUCUGGAAGAAAAUAACAAAGCACUCACUUGUACUUAUUUCCAUGUAAAUUUGAAAAUGCACCUUAGUAUAUGUUAGCACCAAUGAAUGCAGGCUUGCAUUGAUUUUUAUUCCCAGCUGAUAGAAUACUAUUGCUAUUUAUUCUUUAUAUCGGGGGUCUCCAACCUUGGUCCCUUUAAGACUGGUGGACUUCAAGUCCCAGAGUUCCUCAGCCAGCUUUGCUGGGAGUUUUAUUUUAUUUAUUUUAUUUAUUUUAUUUUGUCACCACAAUAUAUGUAGGUAUCAUACAAAAAGAUUAUAGAGUAUAUAAACACUUAUAUGAGUAAAUAUAAGGAGGUAUAAGCAUAUAUAUAUAUAGGAAGAAGAAAAGAAAAACAAUAGGACAGGAACGGUAGGCACGUUUGUGCGCUUAUGCACGCCCCUUAUGGUCCUCUUAGGAAUGGGGUGAGGUCAAUAGUAGAAAGUUUUUGGUUAAAGCUUUUAGGAUUAUGAGAAGAGACCACAGAGUCAGGUAAAGUAUUCCAAGCACUGAUGAUUCUGUUA